AUUUUAGGAGGAUAGUUUCAUUGAAGCGUCACCGGUGGACUGUGGUGAUGGCGAGAUGGACGGUAUUUAAGCCGCCCGGGAGCGUUCACUGCCACGUUAGGACCGAAGCACACAGGCUUGGAUUCAAGAUGCCAAACUGGGGAGGGGGUGCCAAGUGUGCAGCGUGCGAGAAGACGGUGUACCAUGCAGAGGAGAUCCAGUGUAACGGGAGGAGCUUCCACAAGACCUGUUUCAUCUGCAUGAGCUGCAGAAAAGGGCUGGACAGCACCACGGUUGCAGCGCACGAGUCUGAGAUUUACUGCAAGUCUUGUUAUGGCAAGAAAUAUGGGCCAAAAGGCUACGGAUACGGGCAAGGAGCUGGAGCUCUGAGCUCGGAUCCUCCUGGGCAGAACGUAGACCUGCAGCCUCAUGACUCUAAACCUCGACCAGCUUCUUCAAACUCCAAUGCCAAUAAAUUUUCCCAGAAGUUUGGAAGUUCAGAUCGCUGCCCUCGCUGCUCCAAAGCCGUGUACGCAGCAGAGAAGGUGAUGGGAGCAGGGAAGCCUUGGCAUAAAACCUGUUUCCGCUGUGCCCUGUGUGGUAAAAGCUUGGAGUCGACCACAGUGACAGACAAGGAUGGAGAGCUGUACUGUAAAGUUUGCUACGCCAAAAACUUCGGCCCAAAAGGAUUUGGACUGGGGAACGCUGCCAUGCUGGAGGAACAACAGUGAACAUUUCUGGUUUUAAAAAACCUCAAACCCACAUUCAUUGUGUCACACAGCAGCUGUUUCAGUGGAGACUCAGCCUUUACCAUUACACUGGAUAAUGUUUGUGAUGAAUGAUAGAUGCCAUAUUGGGCAUCAAAAUCCUGGGCAGGUAAAAUAACAGCAAUAUUUAAGGUCACUAUUAUCUUGAAAAUUGGGGAAAAUGAUGCAUAAUACUUAAAAUGGUUCAUUCUGAGUACAAAAUAAAACUGUUAUCUUAAAACGGAUCCUGAAUGGAGUUUAUAUACGAAAAAUGACAUUAUUUUUUAUAAAUAAACAGAAAGAGGAAACAGAGCAUUUAAAUACAGUCUGGGGUUCAUGUCUUUAACUGAAUAUUUUGUACCUCACAUACAGAAAAGAGCUGGACUACUCAUUAUUAGAAAAGAUCACUGAUUUUAGAUAAUCCCUUUGUUUUAUCAGUAAUUAUAGUUUUAUAGUUAAUUAUAGUUUUAAUGAUUACAACUGCAAAACGACUUGGCCAACCCUUAUAAGUCGAUUGAUUUAUUUCCUCCUGAUUUGAGAAGACAAUUAGCAGUGCCUCAGCUUGUUAAAGUUAAUUAUUAAUGGAAUCUUAUUUGCAUUCAUAAAUAAUUCUGUGCAAUAAUUCAUUAGAAUAAUCAAGGCAACAAGUGAUUAACAAACGCAACAAGUUAAUUUCUCCCAAACAAUUAUGUGUGAGCAGCCGUGCAGAGCGCAUUUGGAUUGGAUGUUUUUGUCUAAAACUAAAAUUAGAGCUGUCAUCAGACUCAAACUAUUAAAUUAGAAGAGACGACAACACAGAGGAAAACAUUCCAGAGUAAAAGUCACUCCAAAAGAGACUCUGUUCAUUACUCUGUUUGUGUCUUAGAGUUAUCAGUAAAAACCUGCAGACACUUUGAUCACAGUGGCUGCCUUAAAUCAUCACUCCUAAAGGUUUUCUAGGAACUAACCAGCAUAAAAAGCUUAUUUCAGUGUGAGGUUUUGGGAUGAAAAGAAUCCAACCAUGAAAGUGAAAAACAUUGUUACCUUUAUUGACUUAAGUCUCCAGUGCAGCAACCUGAUGGCACAUCACUUUCAUUCAGUCAUUGCAGAGUAUGUAGACUUUGUGGUGUUGUUGAAUAAAUAGCAGGUUGUCUUUCAGCCAGUGUUGCUGGCAGUCUACUUGUGAA